AUGGCUUCAUUAGGGUACCUUAACAUUAUCGGUCGGGCGGUACGUACCGGUACUGAAGUGAAUUCAAAUUUAGUUACACAAGACAGCGAUGACAUUUUAGGUGAGCAAAACAACCAAGAGGAAGUCGAAGUUAUUAGAGAUGCUGAAAGGGAAUCUAAAACCAAUGGCUCACUCGUUUCCUUGGUGGUUAUGCGAGAAGUCUCAAGUUCGUUUUUGCCAAAACAA